AUGAUUUUGGAAAUUUUUUUAAAAGCUAUAAAGAUGCUGGCAACUUUUGAUUCAGUUAUGUGGGAACAUAUUUGCAGAACUGAAUCAAAAUCUGACUCAAGUCGGAUGGACUGCAUACCAGAUGCAAACCAUACUGAACAAAUAACAGUACUAUUUAGGCAUGUUUAUCUAAAUCACAUUGACAAACAAGUGGAGGGUUUGUUAAAUUUAGUUUUGAAUUUAUUUUCUGAAUUUAACCUGGACAUUCAAAAUUUUCACAGACAAGUUUAUGAUAAUGGCUCUGACAAGUGUGGAAAACAUAAUGGACUGCGGAGAAGAAUUUUGGAUAUCAAUAAUGGAUUUUACGUCCCAUAUUCAUCUCACAGCUUAAACUUAGUGGUAAAGGAUGCUGCAAAUAUUUCUCACGAGACCAUGAGUUUCAUUGAUCUUUUAAGUGCUACGAGAUGGUCUAGCAGAAUUGAAGCAAUAAAACCCUCACAGUCCUACAUAGAAGACAUAUUUGAUGCUCUGUGGGAAAUAUCAGAAGCUUCUUCUACUUUGGAUUGCACCACCGCUCUCAAAGUGAAGUCACUCGCUUUAAAAUUUCUAACUUAUAAAUUCAUUUAUUCUGUCAUAAUCUGGUACAAUGUUUUGAGCGAAAUUACUUUUUUAAGUACAAUGACACAAAACCUGACUAUUAAUACUCAGAUAUGCAUCAAUUUGUUAAUGAGCUUGAUACACAUAUUCACACAAUAUCGCACAGAUGGAAACUUUGAAAUAGUUUUCAAAGAAGCUACCAAUGUGGCAAACAAACUACAUGCUGAAACAGGUUUCCCUCCAGUAAAUAUACGUCCCCCAAGAAGAAAAACGACUCAGUUUCAGUAUGAACAUUGUGAUGAAUUUUGGUUGGACCCCAAAAUGAAUUUCAAAGUAGAAUUUUUUUCUGAAUUCUAG